AGCGGCCCUGGAGUGCGGCUGCUCGGCCUCUGCAUUACGUAACCGCGAUUUUGAGUUGCACAGUGUGGGUUCGGUUUAUCAGUGUGGUACACACGCUGGGCGUUUUUCUAACAUGUGUCUCCAGUAGAAAUGUAUUUAGGAUGAUGGGGGGGCCACCAUGUUGAGUUUGUAGACGGGUACUCCGGUGCCAUUUGCCGGCACGCAGAUGAGGCAAUCUGUGGAUACAUGGAGCGCGAUUGUGCCGGUCAAAAUGGUUUAAUAGUUCAAACAUGUCUGAGACGGAGCAGCAGUACAUGGAAACAUCGGAAAACGGCCACGAAGUCGACGAUGAUUUCAACGGAGCCGGCCUCGGCGAGGAGGGGAACGACGACAGCGCCGUGAAUGAGUGCGAGGAGGCUGCGGGGCCCGACGCGGACGGGGACUCGCAGAACGGCGGCAACGAGGGCGGACAGAUCGACGCCAGCAAGGGCGAGGAGGAUGCCGGGAAAAUGUUUGUUGGUGGUCUCAGCUGGGACACGAGCAAGAAGGAUCUUAAAGAUUACUUCUCCAAGUUUGGUGAAGUGACGGACUGCACCAUAAAGAUGGACCAGCAGACAGGCCGGUCAAGAGGCUUCGGCUUCAUUCUCUUCAAAGAUUCAGUCAGUGUAGAUAAGGUCCUGGAACAGAAGGAGCACAGGUUAGAUGGCCGACAGAUUGACCCGAAGAAAGCAAUGGCCAUGAAGAAGGACCCGAUCAAGAAAAUCUUUGUGGGAGGCCUCAACCCUGAUACUUCAAAGGAAGUCAUCCAGGAGUACUUUGGAACCUUUGGAGAGAUUGAGACCAUUGAGCUUCCCCAAGAUCCAAAGACAGACAAGAGGAGGGGAUUCGUGUUCAUCACAUACAAGGAAGAGGCUCCCCUCAAAGUUAUGGAGAAGAAAUACCAUAAUGUUGGUGGAAGCAAGUGCGAAGUUAAAGUAGCCCAGCCCAAAGAGGUGUACCAGCAGCAGCAGUACGGUUCUCGUGGAUAUGGUGGACGUGGCAGGCCCCGUGGAGGCCAGGGCCACAACUGGAAUCAAGGCUACAAUAACUACUGGAACCAGGGAUACAACCAGAACUAUGGUUAUGGACAGCAAGGCUACGGAUAUGGCGGCUAUGACUACUCUGCUGGUUAUUACGGCUAUGGGGGUGGCUACGAUUACAACCAGGGCAAUACAAGCUAUGGGAAAACUCCAAGACGUGGAGGCCACCAGAGUAGCUACAAGCCAUACUGAUCACACGUAGUGCAGGUCUAAAGUAAAUAAGAAAAAGAGAUCCAUGGUCUGACCACAGCGAACAUGGGCUCUGGCUUUUCCUUUGGAGUUGGCAGAAAUUUGGACUCAUGCUCCAUUUGUACAGAUCAAGUGAGGAACUGGGGAAGCAAAUGUCACUUUUCCACUUUUUAUUUUAUAUUGUUUUGUGUCCAUUUACAUUUCCAGUGAUGGAAGUGUUAUUUUUACUGUACUUUUUGGUACCCUUUUGAAUCUAAUGUAUUGUAUGGUUGUAUUUUUACAUGUCUACUGGAUUUACAGAUGAGCAGGAGCAAGAGCUUUUAAAGCUCACAAAUAAAACAAUUUUGCUUUUUUUUUUUUUUGGUGUUUCUAGAUCUUUAGUUACUUUCUCCCGUGCUGAGUGUCUGAUGCGAGUUGCAUGGCUUCAUAUGUGGGGUGAGGUAAAAUAAGGGAUUUAAACUAAUCAAAGGGUUCAUUGUCAAGUGAAUGUUUGCAGAUGGCAUAGUAGACGAAGACAACCAGCAUCUUUUUUUUCUUUUUUUUUGGCUUUUAAGGAGAUUCUUCCCCCAUCAUGUCUGCAAUUUUAAGUGGCUUUACUAGUGUUAUUCAACUGAACGCAAGCCUGUUAAUGUAAGAGGGUAUUCCCUCUCUCACUGGAAACUCAUUCCUCUAGUGUCUUGGGCAAAUUGGUAGAAAUAAACUUUUGGUUUCUAUUA